UUGCCCUGUAUUUUUAUAUUUUUUUACGCUCUCUUUUUUCCCUUCUCUCAUCAAAAAUAUCAAAAAGGGAAAAAUGAUGAGUUUAGUUUACUAGACUACCAAGAGACCUGAUUUUCAGAUGUGGUCGUAGCUUACUGGCACAGUAGUUUGGUGGUCAAACUCUCACACAUUGUGUGGGAGACCAGCGCGGUUCGAUUCCCUUUGGCAAGGGCGAGCGAAGGUUACCAUAUCCCUGGCUAAACUCAAACCAUGUGAGGGAAAUUGGGGAUAUGGCACACACUGUGGUGGGUCGUUGGAUGUACGGUAAAAGGUAUUUUAAGAUAGAGGAUUUCGUAUCAGAUACAGUCUUGGUCAUGAAUAUUUGCACACGCGUGCGGUGGUACGUACACCUAUGUAGGCUUGGUUGCAAAUUACUUUAUCUUAACUAAAUCUGGUUUUCACAAGUUUUCUGUCCUUUCAGGUUGAAAGUCUAUGAACAACUGCCACUCCCAAUGUAGGGUCAGAGCUCAGAACCACACAGGGGGCUGAGACUAGAGAGCUCUGAACUCCUGCACUGGGCCCCACAAAGCACAAAUGAAGGAGAGCUGGGGGGGGCAAGAUGGGAGAAGACUCUAGGACAAAUAUGGCUGCCACUGUCCCAUCUUGCCAAGGGCAUUACAAAUAUGUACAAAGUAUCUACAUAUGAUUUAUAUACAACAGGAUUAAAAUAAAACUUUUUUAGCAGGAUAUUUCUGUGCUGCCCACAUUCGCCCCAACUUUAAAGAUGACAUCACCGUCGAACAAUCGUCAUACCCAAAUCCACUCCAAGUUCGAAUCAUAUUUUGAUACAGCAGUCGCACCAGUAAACGUCCACAAUCCUCGUAUUUUGAAAUACGGUUUUUUUCAACGUCGUCACUAUUCUCGAACAUUGAUCAUGUUUUUCAUUGAUCAUAAUUACGAAUAUGCUAAACAUAUACUAGCACGAGAUUUUUCGUUAUCGUCGGAUGUUCUUGAGAGCCAGUUGUAGGUAACUUUCUGCACUCGAUUUUUUUUUUUCAUCUCACCUUCUACUUUCCAAAUUGAGCUUGUUGUUAAAUCGUGCUCGUCUCUUAGUAGUUAAGUUACUAGAGCAGACAGUGCUCGUCUUUACAUAGUUGAGUUACUAGAGCAGACAGGUUCUCCUUCAUUCAGGUGCCAGAUGCAUGCAGUUGUACUUUGCCUCCAGUGACUAGCGUGCGCAGAUAGGACCCUAAUAAGCCGGGUUUCGUUUUGAUUGUAAUGCACCUCCCACUCCAAUUCCAUUAUAACAGCAAGCAUAAAAUAGAAAAAAGGUAGUUUAAGUAAGGUUCAUCAUUUUUUUUUUCACCAGGCUAAAUUUAAUACAGGCGUGUGAUCAGUAUCGCAUGCCUAGCUUAUGAUUUUGGCGUGCAAUUAUUACAUUCAGGAGAGCGGCAGCGCGGAGUUUUUGAAGCAUUGUUUUUUACUUUUUAUUUGCUUCUUUUUCGUUUGUUGACUUAUUUAUUUCAGCAACAAAAUGUUUACAAACCAUGUUCACAACAAGCUGCCAUAUUGAAUGAAGCAUGUGAAAAAUGAAAAACCAACUUUGAUCCAGACCCCAAACAACCAAGUAGUAAAUGCAGGCUUCUCAUUUUGAGAUUUAUUAACAUAAGAAGCUGUAUGGUCAACCAACAUGGGUGUUGUUUUAAACAAUGAAGACGUUUCAAAAGUUUUGGUUCCAUACAGAGAGCCAGCAGAUAUGUCAACCCUUGUUACAAAAGCAUCUAAUAGCCUAAAUGAACUAGAGUGUAGUGUUAAUUCCUUUAUUGACGACGAAUCUUUAAAGAUUAACAUUGAACCUGCUCUUGUUGAGGAGAUUAUUUCAUCACUAGUUCAACUGAAUGACGAAAGGCUUUGGUUGCAUGAUGCUGUUGAAGCAGAAACUAUUAAAUCAAGUGUUUUGAGACAUAAACUUGGUGAUUUUCCUAGAGAUAUAGAAAAAGAAGUUUCAGAAGCUGUAAGGUCGGCAAGACAUUCAAAUGAUGAAACUAUUAAAGCUUAUUCAGAACAGUUGCACAUUACAGAAGAGAACAUAGAGCAGUUAAAACACAAACUGGAAUUUCUAUCUGUCAGCAAUGUCACACUCGGACCAGAGCAAGAAGAAAUGAGAUCUCAACAUGAUGAAAUUAUAAAUGUUCUGAAUCAAACUUUGAUGAAAAAAGCAAGCAUGCAAAUAAAGUUGAAUGAUACACGUGAGAAGUUACGCGAUACUUAUAAUCGAAUAAAAGAUUUUGAGCAAGCUUUUAUUGAAUUAAACGAAGACAUGAAGCUUGAACAUCAGGAGGCAUCUGCUGAAGAAGAAAGGCUGCAAGAACAGAUUAAUGAAACAUCAAAGAAAAUUGCUGAACAACAAGAUAUAAAUGUAGAAAAGAAAAUUGAAGUAGAAGAGCUUAAAGUUAAGCAAUCAUCCAAACGCGAAAAAGUCGAGCUAAAGAAAGAAACUGCAUCUAAGCGAGAAACUAAAUGUUCACAAUUAAAAGAAUUAAGUGACAGACAGACACAACAGUUAGAAGAAGAUGUAGCAGAGAACACCAUGUUGGUGCAACUUGGGGAAUCAUUAACAAAAGAUCAGGAUGCAAUUCAAGAGGAUUAUGCAAACGAAAAAGAGAGAUUGCAGCAAGAAAUUUUAUCAUUGGUAACAGCAAAGCAGGCUGCACAGAUAGAGUAUAACCAACUGCAAUCUCAAUGUAUCAGAACGAUGAACUUACUUGAUGAAGCGGAAUUGGUGUGCCGGAAGAAUAAAGAUGAAGUAGAAGACAUGCAAAAAAGUUUACGAUCUAUAAAGAACAACAUGUUGCAUCAGUCAAGUGAAUGUGUACGUUUAAAAAAAGAAAAUGCUGAACUUGAAAUGCAAAUUGAAAGGACAAAACAAGAACAUGCUGCUUCAUGUGGAUCUUUGAAGAAAGACAUUGAGAUAUAUCAAACCACACUGGAAACUGAACGUAAAGAAAGGCAGCUUCUUCAAACCGAAAGAGAUGCUAUAAGCAGGGAAUCAAGUAAUUAUCUUAACGAAUUCAACAAGUUUGUUGCUAAGACAAUACGAAACAUCGGUGAUGGAAAAGCAAGACAUCAACAACAGAGUAGAAGGGGUUUAGAAUUGCAAACUAAAUUCAAAGAAGUUGAAAAGACGCUAAAGAUGAAACAGACAGAGUUAACCCAUGCAAAGGAUGGUUACAUGACCAUGCAGAAAGAACUGAAAGCAAAAGUGAAAACAGUUGAGGACAAUAUUCGUGAACUUGAAAAUGAGAUUAAAACACGCCAGCAGCAAUUAGAAGAUGAGCAACCAGCGUUUGCAGAACUGAAAGAAUUAUAUGCUAAAAAAACAGAAGAGUUUGAUAGCAUGAAGAAACUUAUUGUGGAAUUAAAAACAAAAAAGGCUUAUCUUUCAUCUGAAGUUCAACGAAAACAAACUAAUCUUGAAGACAUGGAAGUUCCAAAGCUAAAAAUGCAGAAUGAUCUUCAACUGGCUAGAGAAGAAUAUUUAAAACAACUGCAAAGAGAAACUGGUGACAUGAAGGAGAUCGAGAAUAACAUCUACAACACUGAUCAAGAGUACAUAGCAGUUCGACGUCAAAAUGAACGAUUCCAAUCGGUAUGUAGCUUGACAAAGAAUUAUCUGAUGAAAUUAAAAUCAUUUCUAAAUCUGUAAUCUGUGUAAUUACAGUGAGCUGUGAAAGUUGAUUUUCGUUGGACUGGGAUUUUAAUUGGUUCCAUCGAUCAUGGAAAUGAAAAUUAAAUGAAGUUUGUUUUAUGAUAGUUUUGGGGAACCCUUUGAUAUUUUUUUAUAGGCGGUAAAGUUUUUCCAAGAUGAUAUAGCGUUUAUGACUGCGAGAAUGGAAACAAUGCAUGAUGGGAAACAUGAUAUCGACAUCGCUAUUGGAGAAUACAAAGAUUGGUUGGAGCUUCAGAGGAGAAAACAUAAAGAAUUAGACAAA